AUGCACAGUCAAUCCAACGACUACCCUAAAAGAUCUUUCUCCCAAACAUCAACUACCUCCAUUACUUCUCGCAUUACGCAGUGCUCCCAGGAGAAGAAACACUCUAAACUUUCAAAGCUUUUCCGAUCCAAGUCUCCUGCUCCAAUCGACAUCCCACGACCCUACCAGGACACAAUGUCGCAGCCUCGAGAUAUCCCACGGAGCAAUCCCGACGCUUCAUACUUCCCGGACCAAAGCUACACCUCAACCAGCCCCACCCAAAUGUCUCCAAGCAUGUCCUCGCCGCAAUCCCCCAAGCAGGACCACAUUAAGCGUGCUCCCACUCCGACCCGCAGUAACAGCGGUGACUACAAGCGCUACAGUGGUACCGUCAACCACUAUGGACGCCAUUCGAAUGACUGGCUAUUCGGCGGUUUCAGUGUUCGCGAUACUGUCCGUGGCAGCCUCGACAGGCUCCGCAACCAGGAUAAGGAGAGCUGA